AUGGGACCAAAAGGGUUUCCUGCAGGUAAGCUGCUGCAUCUUGCAACCUUCCAUCCCUCAGGUUCCAUUUUCGUCUACCUCCUGAUUCGUCUUUCCCUCGUAAAUGAGGCGGAUCGGGCUGACCGCCUGCCAACAAACAGCAUCAUCAUUUGGGCUCCCCCACAGUGGAGCGAUGACGAUGGGUGCCUAACCGCCGAGUUAUUACUCUGCCCGCCUUUCCAGCUGCAUUCGUCUUGUCAUUCCGGCUUCAUUAAUGCAACGAUCGCGGUCGCUGUUUUCAAAUGUCUUCGCCGCAGCCCAGACUCUUGCUCGGCCAUGUCCUCCAUCCACAAUGAGGGCGCUGAUUUUUGGGGGGUGUUGAUUAACGCCGACAAGAGCCCCACCCCGUUACUCGAACAACUGUGCUUGGGAAUUGCGCAGGUAAUGACUUCCUUCGACGAGUUCGCGACAACGGACCUGACUCCCGACCGCCUGGCAGCGUUUUACCGAAAAGUUGGCGGUAAUUACGACGUCCUAUUCCUCCAAACGAGACCUUCCGCUCUUUCGUUCAUAUACCAGCGCCUAGGAUGCUUCCACAGCAUUCAGCCUACCAAUGAUCCCUACAAACCACCCUCUAUCCCCGCUCUACAGCCCAAUGGCUUUGUGCGAUGGCAAACAAUUCAGCUUCUUCUCGACCCCGAUGAGCACUCGAGGUGGUUACAGAAUGCGGUUGAUCUAUGGGACAUUGAGACUCCAAAUGGUGGAAUUUUCCCCAAGGUGAUCCCUAGAGGAGCCUUCCCAGCGGAACCUGAUCCGGAAAUGGUACAAUGGCAUGAAGAGGUCAGCCGACGGUUUGAGCUUGACUACUGGAAGAAGAAUAUCAUGCGUUCCUCCCCUCCAAAUUUCGCUCCUUACCAUUCGUACUUCAGCCAAAAGGAUGUACCGACCCAUAAAGAAGACGAACCACCUCGGAGUCAGCGUCGAACUACCCCUCACCGUCAAGAGCCUACUUCCGCGAGUGAGCGUCGAAACCCCCAUAAACACCGUCACCGACGAAGCGACGAAAAGCCCCCCUCCACUACUCGCAGGGUACAAUCUACAUACUUUCCGCGACAAUCUGAAAACCUCAACACCGGGUAUUCAUCUCGACCAUCAUCGCCACCAAUGUGGGCGAAAGAGCCCACCAAGUCGCGGACGCGCGAGCGCCAACAGGCUUACGGGCGAUCUGUGAGCCCAGGAACAGUACCAGGGUAUGGAGGAUCAGAUGCAUCUUCCGAAGAUUCGGGAUCAGCAGUACCAGAGCCUCCAAGGUCAGAUCGAUACAGCUACCCUCGCAAUCUAUCGCCGCCGCGAGUGUCCCAUACGCGUCGCCACUCGCACGAAGCAUACGCCCGCCGACCUCGAAAGGAUUUAUCGCCUGAUCCCCACAAACCUCCCGCCCACCCCGAUACACAUCACUCCAAUCCAGGAAGAUUAUACGACUCCGAUGGGGCGCGAAGAAUACGUAUCUCGAAAGCAUACAACGAUGAGCCGCUCCAGCAAAGAGCAUCAGGCGUUGGAUUUCGCGAGCGCGUCGUCAGCGACCCGCCGCCCACUUUCCCACCUGGCCGCGAAGUGCCCGUAUUUACCCGCAUGCAUUCCCGCUACGUCGGCGCUGGUGAUACCUACAUCGUCCAUCCCCAUCCAGACCUUGAGCCAAUGAGCGACCGACGUAAUAGCUAUCACCGACCCACUAAUGCCAACUCAAACGGAAACAGUACCUGUACGGCCGAGCGCGCGCGCUAUAUCGAUCCCCGGAACCCUAGGUGGGCGGCACCCGUCCAGAGCCCUUCAAAGAGAGGCGUGCCCGUUCAACCGGCAGACGUCGAAUAUGCCCGAGGCAGGAGAACAACCAUGUAUGAUCGCUAA